AUGGGUUCAACGGAGGAGACACAUGGCGCCCAACCACAUUUACCACCCGCAUCGGGAAACUUGGCGCCCGAAAAUCAUGAACACGAACAGCCCAAAAAAAGAGUCAACGGGGGCCUUGAUGCAUGGUUAAAUGUUCUUGCGGGAUUCUGUGUUUUCGUGAACUCUUGGGGCCUGCUAACGACUUAUGGCGCUUUUCAAGAGUAUUACCAGACAGAGCUUCUACCAAAUGAGACGCCAUCCGCAAUCUCAUGGGUGGGCAGUAUCCAAGCCACUCUAAUUCCAAUGGUUGGUCUUGCUACGGGGCCAUUAGUCGAUAUUGGAUAUUUGCGCCCUCUGAUUAUAUCCGGAAGUUUCUUGACUGUAUUCGGAAUGAUGAUGACGAGUCUCGCCACUUCAUACUAUCAGGUAUUACUCGCGCAAGGAUUUUGCGUCGGAAUGGGAGGCGGCAUUUCCUACAUCCCAGCCCUCGUGGUCAUCUCCACGAGUUUCACCACAAAACGCCCAAUCGCCAUCGGCUGCGCUUCAAUUGGGUCUAGCGUGGGGGCCGUCAUUUUCCCAGUCAUGUUCCGCCAACUGCAGCCCAAGAUCGGGUUCCCGUGGGCAGUCCGCUGCAUCGGCUUCAUCAGCUUAUUUCUUGCUAUUGUAGCUUGUCUAAUCUUGUGUCGACAACCAGGCCAAAGAGCCCAUGCAAGAAGUCUUAUCGACUGGAAAGCCUUCCGCGAGCCGUCGUUUAUGAUGUUCUCGCUUUCGCUCACGUGUGUCAUGCUCGCAUACUACGUGCCGAUUUUCUAUAUCGCCUCCUAUGCCCGCACUGUGGUGCAUACCACUACCGAUUUUAGCUUUUAUAUGGUUGCUAUUGUCAACGGCACAUCGGUCAUUGGUCGUGUCGUUCCAUACCUACUUGUGAAAUAUAUCAAGCCCAUUGGGAUCCUGAUAUUUUCUGUGACUGCGUCGGCCAUUGCUAUGUUCACUUGGAUUGCGGCUACCGGUAUGGCUGGGUUUAUAGUUUGGGCAUGCUAUUGGGGAGCUCUCAGUGGUGUGUUGGUUACAGCGCCAACUUCUAUUGUGGCACAUCCGAUUUUCUGUCAGGAUUCGAGCUUUUUGGGGACUCGUUUGGGCAUGAUGUGGGGGAUAUCGUCUUUUGGCGCGCUUGCUGGAACACCGAUUGCAGGUGCUUUGGUAAAUCUUGAUACUGCAGAGUUUUUGCAUGCUCAAAUCUUUGCGGGGUGCAUGAUGGUUGGUGCCGUCUUGUUACAGAUUUGGCCAACUUUCAGAGUGGUUCGGUAUGAUCUAGAGCAUCCUCGCAAAAAAUGA